CGCGACCAGAUCGACAAUCAGAACAAAGCGGCGUAAGUGGACGCCAAAUCAUGACGCGUGUCUGUGUUUGAACAGUGUGUGGAUUAUUGUCCUUAUGACUAAUAUAAUAUGAGUGGCCAUGGCUUGGUGUGACCGUGGGGUACAGAUGCUGCUGGCCACCGUCGGGGCUUUUAUGGCGUUUAGUUUGAUGAGCAUCGCGAUCGGGACCGACUAUUGGCUUUAUUCUCGGGCUUAUAUCUGUAAUGUCACCAACAUCACCACGGACGAGACUCAACCCAAGAAGGUCCGCGGCGAUCUCACGCACUCCGGACUUUGGAGGAUCUGUUGCAUUGAAGGUCUCAACAAAGGAAGUUGUUACCGAAUCAAUCAUUUCCCAGAUGAUAAUGAUUAUGAUACAGACAGCUCUGAGUAUCUUUUACGUGUCGUACGUGCCUCCAGUGUGUUUCCCAUCCUCAGUACCAUUCUGCUGUUGCUGGGGGGGCUGUGUGUGGGGAUGGGACGUAUCUACAGAAAAAGGAACAACAUAUUACUCAGCGCAGGAAUACUGUUUGUUGCAGCAGGUCUGAGCAACAUCAUCGGCAUAAUUGUCUACAUCUCCAGCAAUGCCGGUGACCCCAGCGACAAGCGAGACGAAGACAAGAAGAACCAGUAUAACUACGGCUGGUCCUUCUAUUUCGGAGCGCUUUCAUUCAUCGUGGCUGAGGCGGUAGCUGUUCUGGCCAUCAAUAUCUACAUUGAGAAGAACAAAGUAGUACGCUUCAAAUCACGCCGUGAGUUCAUCAAGUCUACCUCUUCAUCUUCACCUUAUUCCCACAUGCCCAGUUUCCGUUACCGUCGACGGCACUCACGCUCCAGCUCUCGCUCCACAGAAGCAUCCCGUGAGGUGUCACCUGUGGGCAUGAAGAUAAUGAGCUCAGUGCCUUUAGGAGAGAUCAACAUGUACACAUUGACAAGAGACCCCCUCAAGUCAGGGACAGGCAGCUCUUACAGCCCUGAACACGAUUCUGGAUUCCUCCAAGUGCACAACUGCUUUCCCAAAGACUUUAAUGAUAGUAUCAACAGGAGGACAACACCUGUAUGAGGAUACAAAGUGAAACAAAAGAUAUAAAGAUAGGCCAUAUUUAACGGAUAGACAAAGGGGAUCAGUUGCCUGUGGCAGAUGCCAGAGGAAGCGAAACUCAUUGUUGAAGCCAACAAACCAAUGACGUUUCUCGUUGGUGAGGGAGAAGCACUGUGUUAAGAAGGAUGGGAAUUGGUCCCAAAUCUCAACAUCGAUUAUGAAGGCUAAUUUGUUUUGUUUUUUCUGUCGCUUCUCACAAAUACAUGGAAAUUCUCUUAAAGACUCAACUCUAAUUGAAGGGCAAGACAUGAAAACUUGAAGUCGUUGGUGUUUGGACAAGACAGCGAAGGGCUUAAAGUGUCAACCAUUAAAAAAAAAAAAACCAGCCAGUUCUUUUGGCGAUAAAAAUCUUUUGUUGUUUGUUAGUACAUUGCCAUACUCUUAAUGAAUACCACUAUGAAAAUGACUCUCAGAGCAUGAGAUGGUGCUAAUUCAAUGUGUG